AGGAAAACCCUUUUAACAGGGGAAAAAUUGCAGUUCGUGCAGAGGACUGAGAGACGCCAUGGCCAAACUACAAGUUGCGAAAGCUCCCCCAUCUGGCGGGGCUCAAGGCCACAACAAGGACUAACGAGGACUCACUCACUACAGGAACGUGGCGUGGGACGGGCCUGCAUUUAUCUAAUAGAUCAAGUUUGGUUUCUGCUGAAAGUACAUUUCUCAUCAGUGCUAGCCGUUUGUGUAAGUUUGGACAUUUAGCUAGACCUGAUUAUAGGUAAAAUAUGCUUAGAUAGUGUAACGUCGGUAGCUGUGCUGAUGGGUGUAGCCGCCUAGCUAGCGCUUGAGGCCUGGUUAGCUUGAUAGCAUUCGUUAGCAAAUACACACACCGACUUUGUUAUGAUGAUGGCAUAAAUAAAGGCACUUAAAUCUUUAUUUUUUUCAAGUAGGCUUUUAUGUUAGCCCUUGAUGAUGUAUAAAGCAUUUGUUUUAUUAUGACUAGAAAUUCCAACAAACUAGCGGUAGCUUACUACACGGUUGCCAAUGAUUAGGCCUGCGUUGUUUGUUAAUUGUAAAAAACUCAUUUUAAUCUCAUUGAUUUAAUGUCAAUCUCUUAACGUUUAGUCACCAUGAUGAAUAAUCAUUUUUUUCCCACAGCGACGUGUUGUAAUGUCUGCCUUCAACUUCACAGCUAAGAAGGACACCUGUGUUUUGCUAGUCACUGUUAGUAGUGCAUAUGGGAAGUGAAUGAUUCGUGUUAACCGAUGGCCUGGUUAGAAGUGUGGCAGUUUUGCAUUGAUUAAAGUUAGAUUGGGCUAGUUUUCAUAUAUUUUAUAUGUGGUCUUGUACAUUCGUUUGUAAAGGAUUAGUUGUACACGUUUCUUUUGAAACCGAAUGUUCAAUAUGCUGUUAAUACUAGUUAUCUUAGCUUUUAGUUAUAAAAGUAUUUGCAUGAUCUGAGGAAAUUCUCUCUCUGACUGUGGCCUUAUACCUAUGUGGAAUCUCUGGAUCUUGUUUAAACGUUAACAAAGGUAAAGUGGUGAUAUUUGGUUUCAUCAAAGAUUGUACUAAUGUCACCAGUGACAUCCAUUGUCUCACUGGAGUUUUAAUUAGGCUAGUGGCUACUUGUUAAAUAGGAAGUUUGAUAUUUGCUUCCAAAUUGCUGUAAUCACAUGUUUGUUCUUUUUUAUUUUUUUUCCCAACCUUCACCAGAAAAAGAGUGCUUCAGAACUCAAAAUCUAUGUCAAGCAAUUUGCAGAAAUCCGGAUUUUCCAAGUACAGCUCAAAUAUUUAGUCAGCAUUACUGCAAGUCUAACAAUUGCACAAUUGGUUGAGCUGAGCGAUGCAUAAUGUGAAACCUAGAAUGAAAAAUAGUCGUGCCAGGCAUCAUGGCCACACCAUGGUCAACUGAUAUCAGAUAGUAGCAGUUCAGAUAAUUUUGUAUUUCAAGAUUUGAUAUUCUGGGUAGGGAAUAACUGCUCCAAUACAGAUUUUGGUUGGGGUACAAAUAACAUUUCUUCUUCAGAUGGACUGUUUUGUAAACACACUUUGUCUUCAAAUUCGCCAACCCUCAAAGGUUAAGAUGGUUUGUUAAUCAUAGUGCGUGGAUUCUGACUUGUGAAGUGUGUUGGAUUCUACUGUACUGGUCCUGAUUAAAACAAAAGCAUGUAAAGUUUUUUUUAGCUGGAAUGCAAUUAAGGCUGGAAUGCUUUUCAUGAAAAACAAGAGUUCUGCCAUAAGUUUAAGUCAAAAUGUUUUUCAGGUUAUAUUUUAAUACUCAUGAGGAACCUUUGGUCCUAAAUGCUUCAUUAUGGAAUAUCAUUUUUGGUUGUUGGGCAAUUAUUUUGAGCAUCUUGUUGGUUGCAUAUGGUUGGUUGUGUUAACAUUAUUUUUGUAGAUUGGUUUAAUGCACUUCCUUGGCCAUAGGUGAGUGUAUUUACCAAGAGCCAUCUCAUAUCACACUAUUGGGUGUCUGAGAAGAUAAUAGGCUCAUAAAAUGGCAACAUUUUGUUAUUUGACUAAUCCUCUUGGCAUUUUGAUAAAGGAAAUGGCAACUUGAUUGUAUUUCUUUCAUUCUGCAAUCAAGAGUGAUUGCUUUGUUUUUGUUGGAUUUUCCAAUCUAUUUGUUGAGGACUGCACUUAAAUUCUUUCAUGCUUGUUGCAGUGGCUAUCUUUAAUGGUGUUCCUCCAUGUAUUGAAGUACACCCUUCCAAUGAAGUUCAGUGGUGUUGUAUUGGACUGCCUAGGAAUGAAUGGUGAUCAAGCAAGGCUUCGUCAGCAAUAAUGUGAUUCUGUACCCCUCUGUCUGCAGGUGCUGUUGUUUUUGCGUCGGCAUGGCGGUGGUCAUCCGUUUACAGGGCCUUAGAAUCACAGCAGGUUCCGAGGACAUUCGCAAUUUCUUCACUGGCCUAAAAAUCCCUGAUGGUGGGGUGCAUAUUAUUGGUGGGGAGAAUGAAGAGGCUUUCAUCAUCUUUGCUUCUGAUGAAGAUGCAAGAAGAGCCAUGAUACGUUCAGGAGGCUGUAUCAAGGGGUCCCCUGUUAACUUGCUGCUGAGCAGUAAAUCGGAAAUGCAGAGCCUUCUGGAAGAAAGUACAAAAAACGCAGAGCUGGAUCAGAAGAGACCACUGGAGGAAGAUUCAAGACGACUCCAUGGUGAUGUUCCAGUGGGACCUAGAAGAACUAACCACCCAGAUGCAGGCAGGAGUUCGGGUGGCAGGGCAGGUCAUUCUGUGACCAGGUACCGGAGGACUGCAUCUCCCUCCAAUGAUGACUUGUACGUGUUUCUGAAGGGAAUGCCCUUCUCGGUGACUGAAUCUGAUGUGAGACAGUUUUUUGAUGGUUUGCUGGUUGAUGGCAUAAUCUUAAUGAAAAACGGGCGUGGUCAAAAUAAUGGGCUAGGGCUUGUUAAAUUUGCAACAAGACAGGAUGCAAGAGAUGGCAUAAAGAGAGAUAGGGGAUACAUUGGUUCACGGUUUGUGGAAGUGUAUUUGGCAACUGAACAACAAUGGCAUGAGCUUGGUGGUGUUGGAGGUUACAACAAUAAUGGCAAGUUUGAAAAAGGAAAGUCACCACAGGAACUUGCAAGGCAUCCACGUCGACUGAGAUCACGAUCCCCUUUUGCCAUCCUGCCCAACUCUGCUUGCACUGAAGAGUUUUGUGUUUUGCUGGAAAAUCUGUCUUAUUCAACUGUUAAAAGAAACAUUAAAGAACUUUUCCACCAUGCAAGGCUUCAGGAUGACCAGAUACUGUACCUGCUAGACAGAGGGGGUAGGAGAACAAGAUCAGCAUUUGUGCUCUUUAAAAGCCUAAGCAACUACUGUGCUGCCUUGACUCGCCACAAAGAAGAAUUCCUCAACAGGAAUGUGUAUAUAUCUCCUAUAUCAAGAGAGAAGAUGCUCUCCAUUCUGGAGUCACGUAACCCCAAGGAUGGACCUUGUGAGGCGACGGAAAGAUUUGAAGGAAGCCCUCCAAGUCGGCAAGGAGAUCCAUACAACUCUGAGAAAGUGUGUCUCUAUGUUCAGAAUAUGCCCUUUGAUGUGCGAAAAGUCGAGAUCAUGGACUUCUUCUUCGGGUUGAAUAUAACUGAGGAUAGUGUUCUCUUGCUUCGUGACCACAAAGGUGCGGGUAUUGGAGAGGCUUUGGUUGUCUUUCAGUUUGAAGGAGAGGCUAUGAAUGCUCAAUCUCUAAAUGGGCAGAGGUUUCUUGGGUCACAAGUGGUGUUGAAAUGCAUUGCACGGUCUGAGAUGCGGGAGUUCGGUGUGGGGCCCCCAAUGCUUGAAGAGCCAAUGGCGUGUGAAGAAAGGCAUUCUGCACGGAGCAGCAGCGAGGGACCCUAUCCUGGUGACAUGGACUACCCAAACAUGAGGGAACCAUCCCAUGCUGAUAUGCCGAUGGCUAAUCUCCAGGUUCAAAUCCAUGGUGGCAGCAGUAGGGAUUCUCUUGUGCAUUAUCAUCAAGGGGGAGGAAAUGGAUCAUCGCACACAGACAUGGCUCCCCCUGCACAGAAUUUCGAUGGUCCCACUUGCCUAAAGCUUGUCAACUUGCCGUCUCAAAUCAAGAUGGAUGAGGUCUAUGACUUUUGCUAUGGAUAUCGUGUCAUCCCUGGAUCUGUCUCACUGCAGUACAAUAAAAAUGGCAUGCCAAAAGGCUCUGCAACAGUAGUGUUUGAAUCUCGUCAGGAAGCAUUAACGGCAGUUCGAGAACUCAGUGGAAGACCAAUUGGUAAUCGAAAAAUACAGCUUGUUUUUGUGUGAACAUGGGGUGUGGUUUAGGUUUAUGGUAUUUAAAACAAAUGGCAUAUCAUCUUUAUGUUUUCUUUUUUAUUGAGCCAUUGUUUGUCAAAUUGAUUCUUUAUUUUGAGAUGAUCUUUAACCUUAAGUCAAUGUAUCGUCACUUUAUUUUAUUUUGAAUACAAAUGUUAUUACCCAUAAUUGCUUCACUUAAUUGAACGUUUCACGUAAGCAUUAUUUUGUUUGACAUCUGUUGUGAAAAGAUCUGACACAUACAUUUGGAAAGGGAAUGAAUUUUUUUUAACUAUUUUUGGAGGAAAACCUUAAUGCAAGAUUUACAUCUCAACAUUGACAAUGUAAACAAUGAAACUGCGGUCUUUGCAGACAGGCCAAAUAAAUGAAUUGAUUUUGACUCAUUUAGGAUUUGUUACUUACACAUUUUUGCAUAAGAAGUUGUUUAAGGUUUACUUUUCAUUUCCAGUCAUGACUUGAUGCCCCACAAGGCAAAGGUAAAGAAGUAAAGUAUUUUCAAAAAAGGAAAUGUUUUUUUAAUUGUAAGCAAGGUGAGACUUUUAAAAUGUUACCGUAGUUUAUUUAAUAGAAAUUAAACACAGCUAAUACUGUUAUUUAGCUACUAGCACAGCAUAACUAACCCAAUUAUUAAUUAAUUAAUAAUUAAGCCAACACCACCCAUAUAUUCAGUUUAAUCGAUGUAGUGGUGUUAUUGGUUUCAUGAUGCAUUGUAUUUCAGGUUUCCAUUUUACCAUGUUAAUACAAAUGUAUUAAUUGACCUGCAUCCAACAAUUUAACAUGGAAAAAAUGCAACAAGACCUUUAUUUAUUGGUCAAUUGUUUUUCUUUAUAGUAAACUUAAUGUGACAAGUGCUCGGGUUUUAAUAAGAUUGCACCAUGGAGAAGGAUCCCGUUAAUGCUGCAGGAAAAGUUAAAUACAUAAGUAAGUAAUUCCGUUUAUAGUUUUUGUUUAAACCAUGCAGGAUGUUCAGAAUAAGGUGGAUGUAAUAAUGUGGGCUCUAAAAGCUGUAAACAUCGACAAAGUCAGUCAACCGGCUGAUUGGUAGGCCUCCGUGGAGGGAUAUCAGACAGAUCCAACUCUCAGCUGAUUGACAAGCCACCGCGGAGGGAUAUCACUCAUCCCGCUCUGGAAAACCAACAACGAGGGAGUGCAUGUUCCCAGGAGAGACAGAUUUGAAGACUCUGGGUGUAGUGGCUUUCAAUCAGGACCAGUUCUAAUGCGAUUUGGAUGUUAUUUUGCAGUAAUUCAAGUACUCUACAGGAUGGAGGUAACGUUAGCGAGAAGGAGACUGCAGAAGCACCUGGAGCCGGCUCGACCCCUGCGGCGCAGCACCGUUGACCAGGGGUCUGAUGAUGGACCCGCAGACACACCUGCGGGCGCACCGGUGGAGCAUGAACAGAAGAAUAUUACUGUAGAGCAAUUCUACAGUAUAAUUCGCCUACACACACCGAAGCAAGGGAGAAUAUCCUACACGAGAGAGGUUCUAUGUGAGCUGGCAUCCUCACCUGUGGCCAAGAAAAAGCCUAAAUAUUUACCAGAGCACCCCAUCGUUUUGGAAAAGGCGGGAGAACAUCAUCUCGUGCUUCAGGAAACUAGAAAGGAAUCACUUUGAACUUUGGGUGAAAAGAAAAAUCUACAAUAAUUGCACUUUUGUUUCUUUUUUUGAUAUUUUAUUAAAAUACUUUUUAGGUAUGGCCUUUUCUGACAAAUUUGCUGCUGAAUUGAUUUAUGUUACACAAUUAAAAUUGUAUAUUGUUUAAAUCUCUUUUGGCCUACUUUGUUGAGAAUAUGAUUCUUUGAAAUUAGUUACAGGUUUCUAUUUUCAUUUGAUUGUUUAGUUUAGUUUGGUACAAGCAAAGGUGAUAUGAAUAAAUGUAUACUUUGUCGCAAACAGCAAUAACAAACUGUCCAUGACGAAAAUAUAUUCGGUAUCUUCUCGCUAAAUAAAAAAACGCACUUCCGCUGCAGACAUCCACGCACAGAAACAUCCACCAGCACACCGGAAAUCUGAAAA